AUGUCUAAGUUGGUUCGUACGAUUAUUAAUACCCCUAAGGCACCCAAAGCAAUCGGUCCAUACAGCCAAGCUGUAGCAGUGAACAACACUUUGUAUGUCUCAGGGCAGUUAGGUUUAGUUCCUGAGACGAUGGCAUUUGCUGGUGAUGAUGUUGAGUCACAAACUCACCAAUCUCUUAAAAAUAUCAGGGAAAUAGUUCAGGCAGGCGGCUUUACCAUGCAGAAUGUCGUUAAAACCACUGUUUUGUUAGCUGACAUGAAUGAUUUUGCGAAGGUGAAUGCAAUUUAUGAACAAUACUUUGCAGAUCCAUUCCCUGCUCGAGCUGCAUAUCAGGUGGCUUGCUUACCAAAAAAUGGGAAGAUAGAAAUUGAAGCAGUAGCAGUCCGUGAAUAA